UAAUGCUAAUCUCUCUAUCUCAUACAUCUUCCAUCAUACUUUUUCUUGAGAGAACAUCUUCCAUCAUACUAGCAAACAAAGUAAAAAACAAAGAAAUUGUUAAAUUUUUUAUCUGAAAUUUUCUUGAUUUACAUAAAAAAGAGAAAGGUCAAUUCAAUCAAUUAGAUAUACGUCAAUGGAUUUCUUGAAGAACAAUGCAGCGGAAGAGGCGAGAUGUCAAACGGCGAUGACCGUUAAGAUGGCAUCAAUAGCCGUUUACGCCUUAGGCUUCUUCCUCGCCAUGGUCUUAUGCAACUUUGUUCAUUUUCUUCUGCGCCCUCUUUCUCAACCUCGCAUUGUUUCUGAAGCCAUGGUAGGGUUGUUUCUGAGUAAUCUACCACCUGUACGCAGGUCUUUAGACGAUGAUGAGAUUCAUGAAACCUUAAACUACAUUGUGGAUGCCAUCAUGAUUUGUCACAUGUUUGUGGUGGGACUAGAAAUCGACCCCAACAUAUUCCUCCAUUUAGACCUCCCAGAGACAAAGGUUGCGUAUUCCGGCGUGUUGUUCGCUUUCGUCCUCUCUAACCUCCUCGUUCCCCUCCUCAAGAUCUCCACCGCCUCCGACAUCAUAUUUAACCUUUGUCUCUCCGUCAUACUCUCCGCCACGGCUUCACCGUUGUUGACUCGCCUGAUAACCGAUCUGAAGAUCGGAAAGUCAGACAUCGGGCGCUUUGUUGUGGCAGCUGGUAUUCAUUCUGAUGUUGUCUCGACAUUACUGAUCUCGGUCGGGUAUAUAGUAUUCGACCCACUCAACAAUUUCGAGACACGCGACGCAAAAAGCGUGGCGAAAAUGAUGACUACAUUAAUGUUCCAAACCGUUCUGGCAUCGAGGGUCGUGCCUUUGGUGAUGAAUUGGGUGAAUCAAGAAAAUCCAGAGGGGAAAUCCAUGAAAGGUUCACAUUUAGUUGUAGCGAUAGCGUUCGUGGUCAUAGUUUGCAGCAUAUCCCCAACAUUCGGAGGGUUCAAUAAGGUCCUCGCCGCGUUCCUAGCGGGAUUGUUCAUGCCGAGGGAGGGGAGGAUAUCUAAGAUGAUGAUAACUAAGGUUAACUAUGUUUUCACGACCAUAUUUUACCCAUUGUUUUUCCUAUGGGUAGGGACAUCGGCUCAACUAAAUGAGUUUGGGGCUUCUCAUUGGCAAACAUGGGUUAAUAUAUUGUGUUUGUUCUUGAUAUCAACUGUUGGGAAAGUUCUUGGAUGUUUGGUCUCUGGGGUGAUAUUGGGAUUUAAUUGGCCUGAAUCAGUUGCUAUUGGCUUACUUCUCAAUAUCAAAGGCCAUUUUCAAGUCUUCUUAGCCAUUGUCUCCUCCGUGAUGAAAUUCACAAGCAUUUCAUUUGGGCUUUCAACAGUAUUUGUGAGCUUUUUGACCAUAUUGUACACCCCAUUGGUGGUGGCGAAGAUCAUAAAAUGGGCAAGGAAGCGUUCCCCCACGCAACGAAUGGCGCUCCAAUGGUUAAACGCAACAGACGAGUUGCGAAUCCUUCUCUGCCUACGUGGCAAGCAGAAUGUCUCUUGCGCGAUAAACUUGAUCGAAAUCUCCCGUGGCGCAUCCGACCCUGGAAUCAUGAUAUAUCUAACGGACAUGAUCGAGUUGACGGACAGAGUGGCUGCCACCGUGACCAGCAACAACGCUGACGUGGUGACCGUCACUGACCCAGAAGUGGUUGAGAUGAGAGAAGAAAUAAAAUCCUCAGUUGAGUCCUAUAUCUCGGAGUUAGGGAACGGCGAGGGGGUUAAGGUCAAACAAAUGAUGGCUCUUUCUACGUUAAACAGCAUGCACCAGGAUGUUUGUAUCCUUGCGGAGGAUCUUAUGGUUCACUUAAUUGUCAUGCCGUUCCAUAAGAACCCGACACCGGAUGGGAAGCUCGACAUGGGACACUCGGGAUUCCGGCACGUUAAUCGCAAAGUGCUCCGACAUGCUCCGUGCUCGGUCGGGAUCCUUGUCGAUCGAGGUUUGGGAUCCACGUUAUUGGUUAGUUCUAAGCUAAACGCCGCCGUUAUCUUCAUCGGUGGUAAGGAUGACCGCGAGGCUCUAUCCUAUGCAGGUCGUGUGGCGAAACAUCCCGGUGUGAAGUUGACAGUAAUAAGAUUUUUGUUGGAGGCGAGUACGGGUCGGGAAGGCGAUAGCGUGGCGUCGAGAAUCAGCAAGGCGAAGGCAAACACAGUGGAGCACCAAGAAGAGAUGAAGCUGGACGAUGAGUGCUUUGCGCAGUUUUAUGACCGGCAUGUAGCGGGAGGACGGGUGGCUUAUAGGGAGAAGUAUCUUGUGAAUUCCGGGCAGACCUUUUCCACUUUGCGGUCUUUGGAGGGACAGUAUCAGUUGUUCAUAGUGGGGAGAGGUGGCGGGCGAGUGAACUCAGUGCUGACGGUCGGAAUGAAUGAUUGGCAAGAGUGCCCGGAGCUGGGUCUCAUCGGAGACAUCCUCUCGGCUUCCGCCACUACUUCUGUCUUGAUUAUCCAGCAACACAGUUUUAAGGGAGAAUUGGAUGGAAUUCAAGAUGAAUUCUCCAUCAUGUAAACAAACCCCUUUAGCAUGUUUAUAUAUACAUCUAACUUGUUAGGUUGACUCUUAUACGGACUAUAUUGUAGGUACGUAAAUUCUCG